UCUACUACAACAACGGCCACACGACAAUUAGACAUCUAUAACUCCAAUAUCUCCUUAAAAUUGGGCCUUGGACAAUCAAGCACGAUAUAUAGAAUCAGUUUAAUGCCUAAAUUACAUAUUMUCCAAGUUAACUGAGCUUUUUCCCUCGAAAAAGGAUCCAAAUUUGCGAUUCAAAAUGGCCUUCACGAGACUUCGAAGAAGACCACUGGAUUUUGUGGACGAGCGACCAGAACAUGAUUAUAACGAUGUUUCUAUUGAAGAUUGUGAUAGUUCAGGAGAAGAAUCAUUCAUAAGGACAACACUAAACGCUCCUAGUAACGUCGAAGAGUUUUGGGACUCGGGGUUUUCAAGCCCUCCAAAUAAUACUCGUUUGUGUUCCAUGGAGGAAGACGGCUCGCCAUCAAAACAGAUGGACUUCGACCAAACACAUUCUCAACCUUUCUCUCCUCCUGCUAUCGGUGGUUUACGACUAUUUGACACUCCACAUACACCAAGAACUUUACUUCAAAGGUCCAGUAUCUCUGGGAGUCCCGAAGCAAGAGCUGAAAAUCGUAAAAUUUCAAGAUUGCGUCGCGGAUUAGGUUUUGGGAGACAGGCGAAGACCGAUCCUAAAGUUCAAAACAAAGCAAGAAUUACAGCGAAUGUUAACCCUUUUACUCCUGAUAUUAAUAAUGGUUUGAAUAAUAACAAUAAAAGAACUCGAAAGAUAAGGGAAAGCCCAAUGGAUUUUAUUGAUGAUGAUGAUGAUGAUGAAAAUGAUAACAUAUUUGGAAAUCCAGCCAAGAGACUAGCACUUCAUGAGAGUAAUAUUUCAAGAUAUCAUGAAGAAUUUGUUGAGCUUUGUACUAUAGGAUCUGGACAGUUUGGAGCUGUCCACAAGUGCAUCAAUAGAUUAGAUGGAUGUGUUUAUGCUCUGAAAAGGUCACUCAAACCAGUUGCAGGAUCAGUUGACGAACAAAAUGCCAUGCGUGAAGUAUAUGCCCACGCUGUUCUUGGUACCCAUCCCCAUGUUGUCCGGUACUACUCUGCAUGGGCUGAAGACAACCACAUGUUGAUACAGAACGAAUACUGUGAUGGUGGAAGUCUAGCUGAUCGCAUUGAAAAUAAUAGAAAGUUAGGUGAAGUUUUAAGUGAGGAAGAUCUUAAAACACUGUUGCUACAACUAGCAGAAGGACUGAAAUACAUCCACUCUCUAAACCUUGUACAUAUGGACAUAAAACCUGGAAAUAUUUUCAUCACACAUAGCAAGGAAACUGAUGAAUGCCUUGGUCAUUCUGGCAGCAGUAGCGAUGAGGGAAUUGAUGACUGUGUAACUCCUCCAAGCCAAAAGAAACACAUUUAUUACAAAAUUGGUGAUCUAGGUCAUGUCACAUCCAUAACAUCUCCAGAAGUUGAAGAAGGAGAUUGCAGAUUUUUACCGAAUGAAAUACUCCAAGAGGACUUUAGGUGUCUUCAAAAGGCUGAUAUAUUUGCGCUGGCUCUCACAGUAUAUCUUGCAGGUGGUGGUGAUGAAUUACCUAAGAAUGGAGAAGAAUGGCAUGAGAUAAGAAGAGGAAAUUUACCACUGCUUGCUCAAGCUUCACAGGAAUUCAAUGAUCUGCUAAGGAUGAUGGUAAAUCCAUCACCAGACCUUCGACCUUCAGCUGCUGCACUGAUGCACAAUCAUGUCCUGUGUCCACUGGCAAAUAAAACCAAGGCUCAAUUGAGAAAGGAGUUGAACACUGAAAAGUUCAAAAAUGAGAUAUUAUCAAGAGAGUUAAAGCAAGCCCAACAAAACAUGGCAACACAAAACCCUCCAAGAAAUACAAGGGUUAUUGGGCAUAAAGUAAACAGAAGUAUGAGCCUGAGCGUCAUCAUGUAGAUAUGGCAAGAAAAAAAAACACUCUUCAAGGCUUCAACUAGUGGUUUAAUACAAAGAAGAUAUAGGCAACUACUAGAAGAUGUAUGAGACUGAGUAUUGUGUCUCUUACGCAAUUACAAGAGCUAUACCACAAGUGAAAACUAGCUCAAAAACCACAGAGUUGAAGGCAGUCUAUUUGAAGUGAUUGUACAGCACUAUACUCUAUGCUUGUCAAAACUAUCACAGAGAUACAAUUUUUAUGCUCUAUUAACAAGGUUAUUGUUAUUUUCUAAUAAACUUUUUAACAUUUUUAUCUUUUAUAGCAAUAAAAUCUUAAUUUCCUAUGAAAUUGUACUUAUAUUUUGUAGAUAUAUGUUAAUACUUUUUUAUUAAUUUGUAAACCAUACUAAAUGUAAUUAUUAAAGGGUUAUUGAAGUCAAUUAAAGUUAAAUUAACCAUUGACUAUUGUAUGUUGAAUGCACUGCAUG